GAAAGAUGAAGACAACAUUUUUGGUUGUCCUAACUUCUGCGGUUGUGCUGCAGACGACACUUGCAGUCCCAGGAAAAUCAAGAGCUGCGGCUGCCCCCCGAUGUUCGUACGACCUGUGUAUGCUGUCGUGCAUGGGCGGCUACAAAAAGGACGAGAACGGGUGUUACAUUUGUGUCUGCAAAGAAGUUGACGGGAACUGGAGCCCGUGGACGGCCUGGGGCGAGUGUACGAAGACGUGCGGCGGGGGGCAGCAGGCGCGCUCCCGGGAGUGUACGGACCCUGCCCCGGCACACGGAGGGAAGGACUGCGACGGAGGAACACACGAGACACAGGCCUGCAACCUGAAACCGUGUCCUGAUGACUUCCAGUGGUCGAAGUGGUCGUCCUGGGGGGACUGUACCAAGUCGUGCGGCGGGGGUGAGCAGCGGCGGGGCCGGAAGUGCCAGGGCUGGGCGGACGGGGCGGCGGGGUGUGAGGGCAGCUCCGAGGAGACACGGACCUGUAACGACAACGACUGUCCCAAGGAUGGUGUAUGGGGUCCGUGGUCUGACUGGGGGGCAUGUUCAGUGACGUGUGGCACAGGUGUGGAGAGGCGGGACCGUGGAUGUGUGGGACCGGCUAACGGCGGGAAGGACUGUCAUGGAGACAGGGAGGAGACCAGACGAUGUACCAAGAAACCGUGUCCCGUUGACGGUGUAUGGGAGGAAUGGGGUGAGUGGGAACAGUGUACGGAGACUUGCGGCAGCGGGGUGCAGUCCCGUCUCCGGAACUGCCGCGGACCGACCCACGGAGGGAGGGAGUGCAAAGGAGAGAACAUCCAACUGCAACCGUGCAGCAACGGACCAUGCCCAGUCGACGGAAGCUGGAAAGAGUGGUCUGACUGGACGGAGUGCUCGGCCACGUGCGGCGGGGGCAGGCAGCAGCGCGCCCGAGAGUGCGAGCCUCCCCUGCACGGUGGAGCGGCCUGCAAGGGCAACCGGCUGGACACUGAGUCGUGCAACACACACGACUGUCCAUCGAAGCUGAAAAAAGCCCGCCGUGACCUGUGGACCCGUAGCCUGACCGGGUGUCAGUGUUACUGGGACAACCGGCGGCGGGACUGUGCCUGCUGUGAGGACGGAGGGUGUCAGUGCACCCAGGACAACCCGCACCAGUGUGUCCGCUGUGGCUACGGUGCCGACUGUGGCAGACAUAUGUACGCACCGGAGGAUGGUGUGGACGGAUGGACCAAGACAAGGACGGGCUGCGCAUGCCCAGGAGGGGAGGGUCGCCAGUGCGCAUGCUGCCAGAACGGCGGUUGCCCUUGCGGGGUAGAACGGCAGAAGAACCAGUGUGUGCUGUGCGGGAGCGAAGACAAACACUGCGGCAACAAACCCCACAUCUUUGGUUAA